UAGAGGCCGCAGCAGUGUGUCUGACAGCCGGGAAAGGAAGUGACUCCACCGCACAGUUUCUGAUAGAGUGUCUGGGGCAGUCCGAUCUUACACAUACUGUAGACUGAAUACAGACCUUUGUAUUCAGACCAUACUAAUAAUAGGACGUAAAAACGGUACACACUAAACCAAAGCGGUUUAUCAGACUAAUUAAAGAUGACCGGACUUGCUCCAUCUGGAAGAAUGAGAUUCAUUGCAGUUGCUGUCGUACUUUGUGCUGGAUAUUUGUGUUCAACGGCCUUUGCCCAUCCUCGGGGAGAAUGGACAAAACUCAUCCUGACCCAACACUGGCCACAGACAUUUUGCAGUAUGGAACAAUGCAAAACAAAUUUGAGCUAUUGGACUCUGCAUGGAUUAUGGCCCAACACCGGUGUACGGUGCAACACAUCCUGGCAUUUUAAUGCCAGUUUGAUUAAGGACAUAUUACCAGAAAUGGAGAAAGUCUGGCCAGAUCUGCUAAUACCUUCUUCCCCAGAAUUUUGGAAAUAUGAAUGGCAGAAACAUGGAACAUGUGCUGCAAAAGCAGAGUCUCUGAACAGUGAGCAUAAAUACUUUAGCAAAGCUCUUGAGCUGUACCACAAGUUUGACCUUAAUAGUGUUUUAAGGAACAACAACAUUGUGCCCUCUGAGGAGCGUUACACUCUUGAUGAUGUGGAGACAGCCCUUAUCAACUUCUACAAAGUGAAGCCAAAGAUUCAGUGUGUCCACCCGGGAAAGGGGGGCCAGUUUCAGACUUUGGGCCAAAUAGAGAUCUGUGUUGACAGAGAUUUCCAGCUGAUCAAUUGUGAAAAGUCAACCAAAGAAAUCUGGAGCAAUGACAUAGUUGCCAGUGGCAAAUCAGACCUCAGUGUGUGUGAUCACUCCAUGCCGAUCUAUUACCCUCCAGUGCCGAGCAGAUCGUAGAGCUGGGAGUGUGGAAUCAUUGAGAAAGAGACGAGAAUUCAAGAAUUCAUUUGUGAGUUCCUGUCUAGCAUUUGAAACACUGGAAACCAUUGAAAUGUUUUUUAUUUACACUAUCUUUUUAAUUAAUUGCACAUUAAUCCUUUAUUUUAAAUGUUGAUGCUGGAUUAGAGAACAUUUAAGGGUGUCAAAAUCACAGACUGCAUGCUGUAUUCUAUGAUUGCUGGGUCCAUAUUUACAAUUUACUGGUUUUACACAGUUUGCUCAGCCAAACUGUUGUCAUGUUUAUUUUUAGGUGAAUAUCACAAAAAUAUAUCAAGAAAAGAACAAUUAUAAAUGAAGCAUGUUAAAAAAAAAUAAAGGUUUCUUUUGGCAUUCUAACAUUAUUUUCAUGACAAUUAGACACGAAUGAUUUUCAUUAUAUUCUCAUCACAUAACUAGAUAUUAUUAUAAUAUUAAGAAAAAUUUACUAAAAUGAUUCAUUUUAAAUCAGCAUAAAGGCAAUGCAACAAAUACCAUAGUGAUAUAAAUUACUUGACAAUAUAGAUAAUAUAUUACUGUUAUUUUCAAAAUAAGAAUCAAAUUUGAUCCUAAAAGGAAGUAUAUAUUCUAUAUUUUCUUAAACAUAAUGUCUGUUUUUUUUGUUUUUUGUUUUUGACAGGUUUUGUGAUAUUCACCCCUGGUUUUAUUACGAAAAUAUUUAAUAAAAUAUAAUAAAUAUUUAUUAAAUAUUUUUAAAAUGUUUUGUUGAAAUAUGCUCUGUGUUAUCUGUAAUGUUCUUCCCACUAUAUUUUUAAUCUGAUAUUAGCUUUGCUUAGCAUUAAAAGAGGACAUUUAGCUCUAAAUUUGCAAAGUUAAUGUAUAAAAUUUGUGCUAGUUUGGAGCUUUGUUGCCUAAUGGCAGCAUGAAGUAAGUCUAAGCUCCUGCCUCUGGAGGGCAGCACAUGCAUUCUGGCAAAGAAAAAAUAAAGCACAUUGAUGUUGUUUACAUAUGUUGUUCACAUGUAAGGAACAACAUUUUAUGAAUGGGAGAUGGCAUUUAAUUACAGUUACCAUUUGCACAAAAUGUUCAAGUAAAUAAACAGUGUAUUUUUAACUUAAUUAUUACAAUAAAUUUUGUCAGAUACUGCUUUUAUCCUUCUGAUGUUUACUUAUCAAAAGAGCCAUAUCACAUAUGGGCAUUUUUGAUACGUUGCUUGGUUGGCAACACGGCAUGUACAAAAUAUAUCUGAUCGUUCCUAGUUUGAUUUUAUACUGUUGAUACAUUUAUACUGCUGGUGAAAAUCUUUUUACAGGUUUGUUACUUUUACAUUAUGUAAUACAUGCCUUAUUCACAUAAACAUGUCAGUAAUUGAAGCAUUUUGUAAUGCAGUGUCAAAUAAAUUAAUGUCCCUGCUGAACUGC